AUGGGUUACCUGUCCAAAGUGUUGAGGAACUACACCGAGCAGGCGGGCGACGGCGACUUCCUGUCGGUCCGCUGCCCGCCCCGCACCACCAUCACCGUCCAGUCGGCUUUCUACGGCAGGAGUGGCCCCCUCCACCCCCAGCAGGGCCCGUCCCACCACAGACCCACCCUUUUAGGGACACUCCCACUGGAGGAUGACUUGCAUUGUUACAUGUCCACAGCACUACAGAAAAUGUUGGAUGAGUGCCAGGACAGGAGGAGCUGUAAGGUCCUUGUCAACAGUCGUCUCUUUGGGAUGGACCCAUGCCCCAGCAGCAGCAAACACCUCAUCGUGUGGUACAAAUGCAGGCCUAAUGAGUAUAAGAGUAAGGUGGCGUGUGAGGAGGAGAGAAUGAAGCUGACCUGUAAACAGGGAAUGCAGAUCACCGUCUACUCGGCCAUGUUCGGUCGAACCCAGCAGGGUACCCUGGAGUGUCCUACCCACCACAGGAGGGCGUCGUCCGUAGACUGCCAGUCGGGCGUGGCUCUCCAGGUGUUGACGACACGUUGUCAGGGGAAACAGAGCUGCUUCGUCCAAGCGUCCACGCAAGAGUUUGGGGACCCCUGCUACUCGGGCACCAGGAAAUAUCUCAGUGUCAUCUACGCAUGUGAAUACUCUGCCUCAGCGUGGGCCCGCCAUCACCCUGACCACAAGCUGGAACACUCAACCACUCAAGCUCCCAUGCACACUUUUACAGUCAAGUACCACGAGCGUGCCACCAGCCGUUUCAGUUCAGACACUUAG